AUGGAGAGAAAAAAGAGAGAACACACAAAAAAAGAUGAUUCUAAGAGAGACCUCAAAGAUUCUACUAUAGAUUCUAAGAUAGUGAAAUAUUCUGCUAUAGAUUCUAACAUAGACCUGAAAGAUUCUGCUAUAGAUUCUAAGAUAGACAUCAAAGAUUCUACUAUAGAUUCUAAGAUAGUGAAAUAUUCUGCUAUAGAUUCUAACAUAGACCUGAAAGAUUCUGCUAUAGAUUCUAAGAUAGACCUCAAAGAUUCUGCUAUAGAUUCUAAGAUAGACCUCAAAGAUUCUGCUAUAGAUUCUAAGAUAGUGAAAUAUUCUGCUAUAGAUUCUAACAUAGGCCUGAAAGAUUCUGCUAUAGAUUCUAAGAUAGACCUCAAAGAUUCUGCUAUAGAUUCUAAGAUAGACCUCAAAGAUUCUGCUAUAGAUUCUAAGAUAGACCUCAAAGAUUCUGCUAUAGAUUCUAAGAUAGAUCUGAAAGAUUCUGCUAUAGAUUCUAAGAUAGCACUGAAAGAUUCUGCUAUAGAUUCUAAGAUAGACCUCAAAGAUUCUGCUAUAGAUUUUAAGAUAGACCUCAAAGAUUCUGCUAUAGAUUCUAAGAUAGACCUCAAAGAUUCUGCUAUAGAUUCUAAGAUAGAUCUGAAAGAUUCUGCUAUAGAUUCUAAGAUAGCACUGAAAGAUUCUGCUAUAGAUUCUAAGAUAGACCUCAAAGAUUCUGCUAUAGAUUUUAAGAUAGACCUCAAAGAUUCUGCUAUAGAUUCUAAGAUAGACCUCAAAGAUUCUGCUAUAGAUUCUAAGAUAGAUCUGAAAGAUUCUGCUAUAGAUUCUAAGAUAGCACUGAAAGAUUCUGCUAUAGAUUCUUAG